AUGGAUACAUCUCCAAUUGUAACACCCAUUUAUAGCCGUUGGAAGGCUGAGUCAGCAAAAUCUAAACUUGUUCUCAAUGCUGAGAAGAAGCUUGGUAUUGUUGCUGGUCUUCAGGAUUGGGUCUAUGGUGGUCUUGUUCACAUGGAAACACAUGCAUGGAUAAACUGGGGCAUGGGAUUUCCACUCACUCCUAUGGGUAUCACUCUCCUUCCGCCUUUGCAUCUCAUCUAUACUGAGAACCCAAUCGACUCUUUGAAGUCACAGCUGAGUCACAUUAUUCGUUUUCACAGCUUUCAUGCUGCAGUUGGAAACCUAGCAGAAGAAGGUCGAACUGCAGUACUCAAAAAGGAUCAUUCCAAGCUCGUGGAACUCAUGAACCGUAACUUCGACCUCCCGAGGCUAAAAUCUGAUUUUAUAGGAUUGGAAACUCCAUGUGUGCUCACAAUUUAUUAUUGUUCAGUGCGUAUGAGGAUGUUUGGGGACGAAUGCUUAGGAGCGAUGAACAUAGAGAUGGUAGAAGUUGCCAGGAGGGUUGGUACAUGCAGCUUCAAAGUUCUGGAAGCGGAAGAGCAGUGGUGCUUUUCUGUCCUAAGGGCCAUCUCAGGUAAAGCUUUUGGAUCCGCCAACCGGGAUUUGAAUGAUUCCGACAUUCAAAGCCUUGACUAA